ACCCUGACAAUGGAUGUGAGCCACUUGGAAAGCAAGGUGCUCGUGGUGCGAAGCCGCUCAUGGAGCAGGUGCUUGCGGGCCGAACGGGUGGCCCAAGCUACUGUGAUGCAAGCAGAGCCUCUCCAAUGUGAUUGGAGGAGUCAAUGCAUGGAGAUUCAGUUCAGUAUUCCAGUGGACUGACUUACGGAAAUAAAACAACGGCUUCCGGUAAAUCUUCCCGCUGCACCUCCUGCACCUACCUACAAAAUGCAAGAAGACCCAAGACUAUUUACUGCGCUAUGAAGAUUCUCGAUGACACAUCCUCCCCAUCGCCGACCGAAGGCGACAUCGUUCAGUGCAAGAAGUGUGGCACGAACAUCUCGGCAACUCAAUCCGAAUGCCCAAGUUGUGGAAGUAAAGAUCCGCAUAAUUAGGGCCACCCCCACUUGCAGGACUUCAUAAGGGUCAAGGUGGCAGGACAGAAGUAGUGUCACAAAACGUGGAAGAGUUCUUGGGAUCUUUUAUGAUUGAACUACAAAUCACAA